AUGGCAGAAGCCAAAUUAAACCAAAUCGACGAGCUUGCCGACCAAGUCUCCAUGAAAUCAAUUCGCGACAUGGAAGUAAAUGAGCUCGAUCAGAUACUACAACUUGCCGAUUUAAUCUCGAACUAUGUGGGCGAAGAUGGCUCUGACCCAGAUCCAAUCCUCAGAUCCUAUCAGCGAACCAACGCACUCAUUGACAAAUAUCGUAUAACGCAUGACAGAAAGAAUUCGACUUUGGAGGAAUGUCUCUCUUGGUGGCAAAUUGUACUUCGAGUGCCACCAGAAGACGAGAUUACGAGACUCUGGCUCGUUUUUGCACACUCUAUAUACCUAGGACGAAGGCUUGUUCGCACUGAAGAUGUGACCCUUCUACACGAAUUUAUGAAGUACCUCCAGCAGGUCAUCGACCAUCGAGAUGCCUAUUCAACGAUUUUCCCCAGACUUACUCUUCAUCUCGGAAUCAUGUUCGAAUACAAAUAUUUCCGAAGUGGCGAGCAGAGCGACUUUGAGAAAGCCAGGAGCUUAUUAAGCGAAGCACAAGGCACGUCCGAAGAUGAACAGGAAGCAGCCUUUAGAGUACUCAUUGACCUAUAUGACGAGAGUUUCAUUAGAUCGGAAUCCGAAUUACACCGAGAUGAGUCUUUGCGACUCCGAAAGAAGCGCAGUGACAUGGGCCUUGAAUCUGUUGGUGUGUUCCGUAUCGAUCAGUUGGUGAAAGAAAAUCUUGACAGAUUUUCUGUACGGCAAUCAAUCGAGGACAUAGAAAAGGCCAUGGAAAUCUGCCUAGCCGCUUGCAAGCUCGUUCCACAAGACGAUUUCGAUUACCCGGAUUGGUUAUACUGGCUCUCAUUCUAUACAUUAAAAUGCUUUCAACGUACCGGCGUAAUCUCCCUUGCGCAGAUAGCUCAUCAGGCGAUUCUCAAGGCUCUCAAUAUUACGGACCAAGAACAUGCCGACUAUCCUAAGUAUCUUGUGCAAAUAUCGGAGGUCCUCAGCGAUCUCUACCUCGAAACAAACGACACGGAAAGUCUUGAUGAUGCUAUCCAAUUCAACGAACAGGCUCUCUCCAUCGUCUCAGAGGGCCAUUGGCUGUGGCAUGAUGCCUUAUUCAACCGUUCAAUCUUAUUAGGCCACAGGUACACUUCGAAAGGGGCACUCGCCGAUCUCAAUGAAUCCAUCUCUCUCGGCGAACAGCUGCUCGCAUCGAAUGAUGACGCACCUAGAUCAGAUGUGUUUCUAAGCAUGGCUAAAACUAUACAUCACAAGUAUGAAAGGACCGAUUCCUCUCUAGAUCUUGAGAACGCAAUUAAAUUUGCAAAAAGAUCCAUUGAAGAGCUACGACCUGACGAUUCAGGCAAAUUGUCAUGCUUUGCAUUGCUAUCCAAAUUGCUCCUCUCCCAAUCACAGUUGUAUGGAUCCUAUCACAACGUAGAGGAAGCAGUGGAAUAUGCUCAUCAGGCCUUGCAAUACUUUGAGGGAAACGAAAUCAGAAAAUGCAAUUACUUGUUGUCCUACAUUAAAGCUAUGCUUGAGAAGUACAGCAUGCAAACUUAUAAUGGAAUUGAGGACAAAAGUCCCGGCCCUGAGAUCGAUGAUAUAGUUGCGAUCAGUCUCAAUGCAAUGAAGAACCUGCCUGAUGCUCAUUCGCUCAAGAGUUCUCUAUGGCUGGUACUUGGUCACCUAUUCCUAUGCAAACUUGUCAGGGCUUCACAUGCCAUUGACUGGCAGAAACCUUUCGGUCAAACUUGGGCAAACGCUUCUGUAAGCUACAUAAGAUGCCUCGUCAUACCUGGAGCUCAGUGGACGCGUAUAGAGGCUGCAACACAUUUGGUCAACACUGGGCUUGCAUAUGAUAGCAGAGUUACGGCAGGAAUGCUGGGAAUUCUUCUUGUUCAAGAGUUUCAGGCGCAACUAUUCACUUUGAAGGACAAACAGCAUUGGGCAAGUCAGAUACUUGGGCUUGCUAGUGAUACUGCGGCUGCCAUGAUGGGUUAUGAGAGGGAGCAGGCUCAAGCCCAUCGCGAAGUGUCCCACCUUGGAAUGGGAUGGUUGGCCUUAGCUACGCUGUCUAGAGGACGCGGGAUGGUCUUGUCGUCUAUCAAAGGCCGUAACUUACAUUCCAUGGACGUGGAAGAAAGCAACUCCGAAUUAGGAAAGACGUCAUCAAAUGCUCAUAUGAAACUCAUGGAUCAAAUCUGCCAUGGGCUGGAAUCUACACUCCCAGGCGAAGCGAAGCCCGAUCAUGUUCAAAGCACGGACAAAGAUAAACAUCGCGGAGAAGUAUAUGUCGACGACCUUGUAAAUGACAUAUUGGGUAUUCCUGAAUUGGACUAUUUUCUCAACGUACCUCGUCGGAGUGAUAUUCUGGAAGCAGCGAAGUCAGGCCCCAUCGUUGUGCUGAACCUGAGUGUCCAGUGCCUUGAAGGGUGUGACAUAUUUAUCAUUACCCAGAGCCACCUCAAAGUAUUACACCUCAAAGAUAUCGAAUAUGAUGCAAUCAGGUAUUGGGCACUAAGCGGCGAGAAAAUAUGGAGUCAACAGUGCCUUACCUGGCUCUGGGAUACAACUAUCAUGGAUGCAUUGGGAUUCACUCAGCCACCGGAUAACGAUCACUGGCCUCAUGUGACAUGGAUCCCUACAGGCGUCAUGAGCAAAUUCCCCUUUCAUGCAUCAGGUAGGCAUGAAUCUGGUGGUCACGACACAGUCAUGGACCGAGUAGUCUCUUCAUACGGUACAAGUGUCCAGACGCUCGUAACUUCUCGCCUCCAAGCCCCAGUUGUAUCAACACCAGUGGAGGCUCUACUCGUGGCCAUGAGCAACACUCCCGGACAUAGCACACUGCCCUAUGCUGCCAACGAAGUGUGUGAAAUUGAAAAGACUUUCAAGCGCACAUCGGUCAAUGCUGCUCAAGUACGGGGGUACAAGGAAGACAUCAAGUCCCGCCUGAGCAAUUGCAACAUUUUUCAAUUUGCAGGACACGGGUACACGGACUAUGUUGACCCAUCGAAGAGUCAUCUCUGCCUAGAAGACAAAAACAGCCCUCUAUCAGUAGCAGAGCUGUUUGAGCUGAAUAUGGAUCAAGGCGCGCAUUUUCUUGCCUACCUAUCCGCCUGCGGUACAGGCCGAGUGCGAGAGGAAAAGUUUCUAGAUGAAAGCAUUCACCUGAUUAGUGCAUUUCAAGUUCUGGGAUUCCGCCACGUUAUCGGUACACUUUGGGAAGUGCAAGACGAGACUUGCAUGGACAUAGCUCGAUUGACAUAUCAAGUCAUUCGUGAUGAAAGUAUGACAGAUAAAUCGGUUAGCCGACGACUGCACAAGGCGACAAAGAGGCUACGGGACGAGUGGCUGGCCGAGUAUUCGAACCGUAGUCUAGAUAGAAGGGCUGCGAUGAUACUUUCCGCUGAAGAGGGGAUCUCAAACUUGAAUCUCCAAGAGAGAGGAGAUGAUGCGAGAGAGGGGAGAGACAUGAUGCCAUUGGAAGAUAACUGGGGCCAGUCGAGCCCUCCGCCGUGGAUUGCCUACGUUCAUUAUGGAGUAUAG